UCGUCUAUGUAUCUUACCAAACUCGUCGUGAGGUGGGUGACAUGCGAUGGCGGCCUGCCCAGGCGUGUUCUGCGGGUGUGGGGCGGUCACGUGUAUAGCCACUGCCCGAGAAGUGCGACAACGGGUGUCAAUAAUAUGGGAAGGAGUGGUGUCAAUGGACGACAAUCAAUUGAUCAGGCCGUGCUUCAAACCUCCCUCAGCUUCCACAGAGGUUGACACAGCACCAGAUCUCAAUCACUUCAGCAAUCCGCCGUUUGGCUUUUUGCCUUUUGUUCGACGUGGGCUUUCACCGUCGCUCUGGGGUUAGUACUAAGCAAAGACUCAGACUCACCUCGGUCAUCUAUCCCGACAACUUUGUUCGCCCGCAGGCCGGUUCAGUCAACCAUGGCCGCUCAGAAUUCCGAGAGUAUCAAUCUGGAGACGCUGGACACCCAGCAACUCAGUCAGGUCAAGAAGCAGUUGGAAGAAGAACUCGAGCACUUGACAAACUCGUUCGCCCAGCUCCACAGCGCGCAAUCCAGGUUCAAGGAGUGCCUCCGGUGUGUCAAGGCCAGACCCGGUGCUGGAGAUGGCGACAAGUCUGUCCUGGUGCCGUUAACCAACUCCCUCUACGUACGUGGAGAGCUUUCGGAUCCAAAACACGUCAUCGUCGACGUAGGCACAGGAUUCUACGUCGAGAAGGAUACCGAGUCUGCCGAACGUUUCUACGAGGCCAAGGUUCAGAAUUUGAUGAAUAAUAUUCAGGACCUGGAGGUGAUCGUGCAGCGGAAAACGCUCAAUGUGCGCAGUGUUGAAGAUGUACUAAGGCAGAAGGUUUUACAAGGCCAAGCAGCAUAAGUAGUAAUAAAUAGUCUAGAAGAAAAUACUAGAAUUAUUUUUAUUAAUUUUCUUAAUAAAAGAAGUUAAAUUAUUAAGUAA